AUGUCUUCAAUGUACACCAAUCCUUACGAGUGGACUUCCCGCAAGCAGUACUCUGACAAGUCCCUUACCCGAACUGGGGAGAUUCGUGCUUUCCAGGAGCUUUAUGGAUACUAUCCUCCUCCCGAUGCCCGUCUUCCUUCCAUCGAGCAAGAUGAUGAGUUCAUUCCCUGCUCCAAGUCCUGCCCGAUUUCACUUGAGGACGAUGAUGAGAUGGAUAUCAGGCUUGGGGAAGAUGAUCUCCCACUCGCUGUUGUUCACAAGUACUAUGUUAUGAAUGGUAUCGCUCGGAAGGCCCCAUCCGCUAUCACUACCGUCAAUGAGCAUUCAAAGGAGAGAAUCUCAUCUCCUCCUCGCUAUCACCCAAGCUUGAGCGGAAAGUUCUUGGUUUCUGGUCCCCCUCCACCACGUCACUUACGUCCUUCAGCCGAUGGCAAGUCAUCAAAGCCCAAGGCAGUCAAGCCUAAGGCGAUCAAGCGAAAAUCGACCAAGCCGAAGUCUUCUCCAAUUAAGCCAAAGUCGUCAAGUUCGUCAUUUGCAAGCAACAAGCGCUCCUACAUUGAGUCUGAUGAUGAGGAGGAUUUCAUUCAUGAGUCUUCUUACUCCAAGAACAAGAGAGCUCGUACUGAAGAUUCUUACGAUGGUGAUGAUGAAGAUUUUGUCGUUGAUCGUCCAUUCAAGCCAGCCACUCAACCAAACAAGGCCAAGAAGGUCAAGAAGGCUCGCACUUACGCUAAGAAGGUUCAUCCAACAACUUCUGGAAAGCAACCAAUCACUGCUUCAAAGCGUCCGUCUGAACUCAUUCGACCUGCCCUCAGAUCUCUUCCACCUUGCCCUGAUAUCCAGAACAUCACCAGCAAGAAGGGUGCCAAAUGGGUUCAGUAUGAGCAUGAUGCCCUCUACUUCCUCGUCGUCCAGCAACGAAACAAGGAAGUCACUGGAGAUCUCAAUAUCAAGCCUUUGAUGGACAUGAAUCUCUUCAGUGUCAUGGCUGAACAACUCCAGUCCUUUAACAUCUUUCGCACUGAAGGCGCUGCCCGUAACUACUGGAACAGGUAUGGUCGUGAGAAGGCUCAGUGGGAUGAGCGUAUUGACACCUGGGAGGGUCGCAAUUUGGUCACUUGUUCUCAAGAGAGCAAGGCCAACAACUCUGCUUAGGUGGGUUUCGGCGGUGGCUUUACAUUUUGAUGGAACUUGGUUGUUUCUGGAGUUGGUGGUUGGCGAUUGUAUAUUAUCUUCUUUCCUUGGACAGCUUUUUGUUUCUUGAGAUCCAAAUUUGUCAUGGAGUUGGUG